UCAUUCUUCUCUUCUUUUGUUGGAUUCUGUUCUUCUUCGCUUUCCUCAUCUUCAGGCCUUUUUUCAGAAAUAACACAGGCUUCUUCAAAAUUAUUCCCUUCAUUUCCAUAAUUAAUUUGUGGAUUAACAGAUGAAGUCCCUUCUCUAUUAUCAGCUUGAAUCGGAAGAACUUGUCGAGCUCUCAUUUCUAGACGGUAUUUUUGAUUUCUUUCUCGCAUUUUUUCUUUAUUCUGUUGGUAGUAUUUUCGAUUUAAUUCUCUCAGGUUUGCUCUAUUCUGUUCGUAGUAGUUUCGAUUAUAUUCAUGACGUCUUGCAUUAUUCCUUCGGUAGUGGUCUCGAUAGACUUCUCUUCUAUUUUUUCUAAAAUAUAAAUUUGAAUUAUAUUUUAAAAGAACAAAUCGUGUCCAAAAUUGGGUUAAGUAAUCCAAUCUAAUUAAAAAAUAUCUUAGCGUAUUCACUAUAUUAAA